UAUCAGCAGAGGUUCAAAGUAUGGUAGCUAGUGGUAAAAGAGCCCCCAUUUAGUCUUAGUACGUGUUGGGGGAGACCCAGCAUCUGGAAGUUACGUUAAAAACAAAAUGAAGGCAGCAGAAAAAAUUGGUAUGCAAAGUACAAUUCACCAUCUUCCUGAAGAUACCAGCCAAUCAUCAUUGCUUUCUCUAAUCAAUGAACUUAAUGUGGACCCUGAUGUGGAUGGGAUCUUGGUGCAGUUGCCUGUGCCACCUCAUAUGGAAGAGAAAGUAAUUUGUAAUUCUGUUGUCCCUGAAAAAGAUGUUGAUGGCUUCCAUAUUACGAAUAUUGGCAGGUUUUGUUUAGAUUUGGAGUGUUUUGGUCCAUGUACUCCUUUAGGGGUCAUGGAGUUGAUAAGACGGUAUGGUGAGUGUAUCAAGUGA